AAGCCGCUGCUGGGAAUAUAGACUGGGAACCAUCAGCCUCGAUCCACGCUGACUCCCAUCAGACACCUGUCCCGCAGGACUUGGGAUAGAACUGGAGGCGUCCGAUACAUCCUAGGGGGUGAGUCUGGAGCGGUGCAGAUGUCCCCGCGGUGCAGACGAGGUGCGGACCCCUCCACGUAUAUUAUACGACGGCCUCCUCAAGAAUGCAGCUUGUGACCGUCCUCAGUAUUAAGUGUGUCUGCUGAGCGUAAGAAAUAGAGGAGGCAUGAAUAACUCUGAGGUGUUUGACGCCGGGCCCUACAUGGUGCGGGGCCACAAGCAGCGAUGCCUGUCUGCCGUGGAGCCAGGUGUCCCAAGUGAACUGGAAAUUCAGGAGCACCAGGAGGAGCAAGACAUGUUCCUGGGGGUCCCAAUGAGGAGAUACGGACCCUCGAGGCGCUCGGUGCACGUCCGAGACUCCUUCCGAAGACACAGCUGGGAGCCGGGCAAGAGGACGCAGGAGGAGGAGGCCAACUAUGACAGCCUCAGUUUGAAGGGCCUGGAUGCUGAGGAGAUGGAGGAGAACAUGGGGUACAAUCGAGACCCCCGACGGACCCCUAUUAUACGCAGCACUGAUGAGUUAGAGUCUUUGCUGUCGCUUCGAGGGGAAGACAUGGAGGUGACACAAGAGGAACACGCCAAAAGACUCCAGGAAUACCUGUCACAGGUCUACUGCUACAGCCCCCUGUCCAAGUCCGUGUCCAUGACUGGGAUUGAUGAUGUGGUCCUGUACUCACACAGAAAUCUCUUGGGGAAUGGGUUGAGCGCGGUCAGCUGCGGGGAGUUUGACGUCCUGGAAGCUGAUGAGAAGGAGAACAGGAACAAGGAGGAAUCUCGUUUUGAGAGGACAUUGAGCUUCAUCAAGAAGUUUUCAGGAGGGAAAAGUAAGAAUAAAGACAAAGAGAAAAUGAAGGAGCGAGAAAAGGACGCCAAGGACACCCGAUACACUAAUGGACACCUCUUCACCACCAUCACCGUGUCCGGGACCACUAUGUGUUUCGUCUGCAGCAAGAGCAUCACAGCAAAGGAGGCUCUUAUUUGUCCCACGUGCAGCGUUACGAUACACAACCGCUGUAAGGACGCCCUCCCCAGCUGCACGAAGGUGAAGCAGAAGCAACAGAAAUUGGCUUUCCUGAAGAACAGUUCGGCUCUACAGAACGUGUCCUUAAGGAAUAAAUCCACUACAUUAAGGGAGAGACCCAACUCUGCCAUCUACCCAUCUGACAGCCUCCGACACUCCCUGCUAGGCUCACGCCGGGGGCGGCCAUCUUUAUCUCUAUCCAAAAGUGUCUCCACGACCAACAUUGCAGGGAAUCUGAACGAUGAGAGCCCCCUGGGAAUACGCAGGAUACUGUCGCAGUCCACAGACUCCCUGAACAUGAGGAACAGAACGCUGUCUGUGGAGUCUCUGAUUGAUGAAGGAGGAGCCGAUCUUAUCUGCAGUCAGCUGAUGAGCGAUUUUGCAACAGAUGAGAAAGAGUUUGAGGCAGAUUCGUGGAGCACAGCGGUGGACAAUAAUUAUCUGCAGCAGCACAAGAAGGACGUGAUGAAAAGGCAGGAUGUUAUAUAUGAACUUAUCCAGACCGAGGUCCACCAUGUCCGCACAUUGAAGAUUAUGACCAACUUGUUCCGAAAAGGGAUGCUGGAGGACCUGCAGAUGGAUCCAGCGCUGGCGCAGAAGAUGUUUCCGUGUGUGGAUGAGCUGAGUGACAUUCAUAUCCGCUUCCUCAUUCAACUCCUUGAGAGGCGUAAGGACUCGCUGGCGUCUGACAGCAACAAGAACUUCGUCAUCAACAAGCUGGGUGACAUCCUCAUAAAUCAGUUUUCAGGGACCAACGCAGAACAUAUGAAGAAGGCUUACACGGAAUUCUGCAGCCAGCACCACAAGGCUGUGAAACUCUACAAGGAAUUGUUCUCCAGAGAUAAGAAAUUCCAGCAGCUGAUACGAAAACUGACUCGUUCCCAGCUGCUUCGGAGACAUGGAGUACCAGAGUGUAUUCUUCUCGUCACCCAGAGAAUCACCAAGUACCCCGUCCUCAUCGAUCGCAUACUGCAGAAUUCUAAAGGUGAUGAGGAAGAGCAUCAAGACUUGGCUUCCUCCCUGACGCUCGUGAAAGACCUUCUUUCUUCCAUCGACCUGGAGGUCUACAAUAACGAAAAAAAUCUGCGUCUGCAAGAGAUCUACCAGAAAGUGGACAGCAAAUCCACAGCCUUGGUUCAAGGAAAUUACUGGUUUAGCAAGGAAGAGCUCCUGAGACGAAAGUUGGUUCACGAAGGUUCCUUGCUGUGGAAGACGGUUGCCGGACGUUUCAAAGAUGUUAUUAUGCUGCUAAUGACUGAUGUCCUCGUUCUACUCCAAGAGAAGGACCAAAAAUUCUACUUUCAAACCAUGGACAGAUCACCCAUUAUUUCCUUACAAAACCUCAUUGUACGUGACAUUGCCAACCAGGAGAAAGGAAUGUUCUUGAUAAGUGCCAAGCCUCCUGAGAUGUAUGAGGUUCAUGCUGCUUCACGAGAAGAUCGGAACACAUGGAUGAAACUCAUUGCACAAUCGGUGAAAGUAUGUCCCAAGCGUGAGGAUUUCCCAUUGAUUGAGACCGAAGUAGAGGCCAAACUGAGAAAGCUGAAAGAGGUCAUACAGCAGAGGGACAGAGAAGUAGCAGACAUCCUUGAAGAAAAGGUGACCCUCUUCACUAAAGUGCUCCAGCUGCAGACAGGAGAAGAUGUCCCCAUGGGUGGUAAUACUCGGAAACUCUUCAGGACUGAGUCAACAGACAGCUAUCGAGGAGAGAAACUCAUCACUGAAGCCAUUAAAGAAGUGGAAGCGCUCAAGGAUGUGAUAUUUUCAAUUGGAACAGAGCAGCUGUCACUUAAAAUGGACCACAACCAUGUAUCUUCAACCACUAGUUACACUGCAUAUACAGAAACCAGCAGUGUAAAUGGAUCCCUAGAUUCUAACAAAGAUGAAGAUCAAAAGGAUCGUAAUGGGAACCAGCUGCAAAAUAAAAGUCCACAGGAGGAGGCUCUGCAGAGGAUUUCCAGCUUGUACAACUUAUUGCAUGGCCUACAGGUUGUGGUCACCCAGCAGGACAGCCUUUUGAGUGUCCAGAUCCAAGACGGCAGUGAAAAGAAGGAAAGUCUGUCCCGUGCUAAUUCCAGGGACCUGACGGUGGCCGAGCCCUUGUCCAAGAGCAUUGAUAAACCUGGGACGGAGCUGACCCUGCUUCAGCGGCAACACACUCUACUUCAGGAGGAGCUGCGGCGCAGCAGGAGGCAGUGUGAAGAGCGGGCUCAGGAAGCAGGGACUUUGGAAACUCGUUUGAGGGAGACUGAGCAGGCCAGGACCAAACUGGAACGAGAGCUGGAAGAAGCAAAGCGACAACUUGCCCAGGUGCAUAGAGAAAGAAGCAAUAGUGGAAUUGAGAUUGUCAGGGUUUCCAGACCAAGUGACCCCAGGAGACGUAGCCUGCCCGCUGGAGAUGCCCUAUACCAAACAUUCACACCUCCUCAGUCAAACAACGACCGACGCUCCACCAUCGCAGAUGGCCCACUACCCAUUAUCACAUUUCAAGAUGAUUCAGACCUAAAAGAUGACUUGAGUGACCUGACCGAGCUUGAAAGACUGCCAGAGACGGCAGACACCGAGUCCUCUGAAGAAGAGGGUGGUGGUCCGCCAACGUCUCCGUCAAGCGCACGAGAGUUUCUGAGAAUGCAGGACAUUCCAGAGGAGGCAGAGAGCAUUCAGGACCUUAGAGAUGCAGAGAUUGGCUCUUCAGAGAGUUGAAGAACUUGGGUUUCGUGACCAUUGCAGAUGCAAGAUGGACGAACUGCUCCACCCUGGGGAGUGGUGAAAUAAAGUGACUGAUACUGUUAGUGGAGAAAGAAAUGUCUUUUCCCUCACAGAUUUCAUAGAAUCAAAUGAAAACACUUUUUUUGUUUAAAUUUUACCAAGUGUUGCUACACGCAACUGGGAGACCAAUACAGGCCAACAUGUGGGGGUAGGAGAGUCCGUCUCGUGUGUCAAAUAAUGACAUAGACCCUUGUUGACAGCAGUUGGUUAAUUUUGCAGAAAUUUAGUAAAAGUAAAAACAAAACAAAAAAAACACUGAUUACUUGGUGCUACCAAGUGAACCCUUAAAAUUACAACUACUAAAGUUUAAACUGGAAGAAGAGGAGAAGCCGAUCUCCUCAAAUCCAGGAAACAAAUCCAAAACAUUUUGGAAGGUAGGAUGGCCACACAAAAUAGAUGACACUGUCGGCCAAACGCACCGAAUUUGGCCAAACGUGUCCUGACUCUCCCUGUCAUUGGACGUCAGGCAGA